UCAUCCUCCAUUAAACUCAUGGGAUUGCAGAGACUAAAACUAUUGACCAAUGAAAACUUCAAAGACUAAAAAGUAUAAAAAUAAACUUCACAGAGUAAAACCAAAUCAUUUGGCUCAAGUGGUUAAUGAGUUUCACCAAAAAAGACGGAUUUCGGGAGAACCCGGAUUCGAUUCCUAGGUGGAACAAUUUCUUGGUCAGACUUUAUUUACCUCGCGGCCGAACUCUGGACUAACUCAUUUCCCAUCGAAACUAUAGGACAAAAAAAACAUAUUUAACCCUAGUUAGAAUUAACCCAAUUGUUCCUACGCCACUUUGGUAGAAAAGAAAGAAUAGAAACAACUUGAAUCAUGAUGGAAACGGUUUUGUGAAUCCAGUAAUGAGCUCAACCAGAAACAGUCCAUGUCUUCAUCUCUUACAACAAUGGCAAAACCUAAGCAUGAAACAAACGAAGCAAAUCCACGCUCACACCAUCACCAACGGUCUAACUCGUUUCUCCUACAUCUCCAGUAGAAUCCUAGCCUUCUUCGCUCUCUCACCACAAGGCGAUUUUCGCUACGCAGAAACUCUCUUCACCCACAUGCCCAAUCCCAAUCUCUUCGAUUACAACUCCAUAAUCACUUCUUACACAACAAACUCACAAUUCCACAAAUCACUCUCCAUUUUCACUAAAAUGCUCAACACCAACAUUCGUCCUAACUCUAAUACCUUCACCGCGCUGGUAAAAGCCUGUGAUUCUCUUUCUUCUCUCGAACAAGUCUUCACACAAUCAAUGAAGUUGGGGAAUUCAUCUGACGUGUAUUUCGUGAGUUCUGUUAUCAAUGCUUUUUCGAAACACGGAGCUAUACACUUUGCUCGUAACGUGUUCGAUGAAAGUUCUAACAGAAAUGUUGUUUGUUGGACGAGUCUCGUGAGUGGUUAUUGUAGUUGUGGUUUGGUUAAUGAAGCAAGGGAAUUGUUUGAUGAAAUGCCACAGAGGAACGAUGCGUCGUAUAGUGCUAUGGUUUCUGGGUAUGUUAAGAACGGUUUUUACGAUGAGGGGAUUCAACUUUUUUGUGAGUUGAAGAUGAACAUGGGUUGUGCAGGUGUGAAGCCUAGUGGUUCUCUUUUGGUGAGUGUUCUUAACGCAUGUACAACGGUGGGUGCUUUUGAAGAAGGGAAAUGGAUUCAUUCUUAUAUUGAGGAAAAUGGUUUGGAAUAUGAACUUGAGCUUGGAACUGCAUUGAUUGAUUUCUACGCAAAAUGUGGAUUGGUAAAGGAUGCGAAGCAAGUAUUUGAUAAAAUGUUUGUUAAAGAUGUUGCUACUUGGAGUGCGAUGAUUUUGGGUUUGGCUAUUAAUGGGAAUAAUCUGAUGGCUUUGGAACUGUUUGAAAAGAUGGAGAAGGUUGGACCAAAACCUAAUGAGGUUACUUUCAUUGGUGUUCUAACCGCUUGCAAUCACAAAAAUCUGUUGGAUGAAGCGUUGCGGUUAUUUGGAAUUAUGACUGAAAAAUAUGGCAUUACACCAUCCGUCGAACAUUAUGGAUGUGUGGUUGAUGUUUUGGCUCGAAGUGGACAAGUUGAAAAGGCCUUAACUUUUAUUAAUAGUAUGCCUAUGGAACCUGAUGGAGCCAUAUGGGGGUCUUUGCUCAAUGGAUGUUUGAUGCAUGGUUAUUUUGAAUUGGGACAGAAAGUUGGUAAGUUUUUGAUAGAGUUUGAGCCUCAACAUAGUGGUAGGUACAUUCUUUUGGCGAACAUGUAUGCCAAUAUGUGUAAGUGGGAAGGUGUUUCUGAGGUAAGAAAACUGAUGAAAGAUAGGAGAGUGCUGUUUGUUUCUGCUUGGAGUUUCGUUGAAAUUGAUCAAACCAUCCACAAGUUUUUUGCUGAUGAUAAGUGUUUGUAUUCAGGAGAAAUUUAUGAAGUUUUAAACCACCUGGGAAAGAUAGUUGAGGAAUUCUUAGGAGACAAGAAUGCCUUUUCUUUAUUUGAAAUUCUCUCGUAAUGUAUAAUUUAGGUUUGUUAUGGGGUCUUAGUGGUGUGUUAAUGAUUGCUGAGUUCAGGAAUGGUGAAAAUUCUUUUCUAUGGAUUGCUUGCAUGGUUGGACCUUUUGGUGUGUGGAUUAGGUGGUUUUUAUCUCGAUUAAAUGGACAUGGAUUCGGGUCAAGAGAUUUGUUGAAUUGGAUUCCAUUUGGAACUCUAAUUGCAAAUGUCUCUGCUACUUGUAUCAUGGCUGCACUUGCUACAACAAAGAUAUAUGUAAAUUUUUAGAAUUUGAUUCAUGUCUCUAUGAACUUGCUUAUAUCUAUCCUCGUUUGCAAAUAAUCAGAAGUUAUGUAGCUCCGACACUUCACAUUGGAAGUGUGUCCGUUGUUAGACACCGACAUGACACCAACUCAUGAGGUUAUAUUCAUUUAUUACAUGUUUAGAAAUUAUUACAUGUGUUGACAUGUCAAUGUGGUGCCCGAUGUACGUUUUUGUGUCAGUGCUUCAUAUAUCAUAUGUAGUUUUUUGUUUAUACUCAUUAUUUUGGAGGUUGUGAUAAGUUAUAUCUCACUUGUUUGAUGUAGGUGAACACCAGGGAUUGUGACACUUAUAAAAGGCAUACAGUUUGGUCUGUUGGGUUGUUUGAGUACUGUCUCUACCUUUGUUGGCUGAGUUCAAUAAAAUGAGAGAAGGAAUGUACCCUUGGAGAGCAUAUGUAUAUAGUAUAUAAACUAAGAUUGGCUGAAUAUAAGGCUUGUUCUAGCAAGCUGUAUGUUGCUUGAAAAGUAAUGGCAUUGUGUGUGAUUACAGGAUGCUGCAGCUAUCAAUGAAUGGAGAUUUUCCAAGUUAAAGGAAUACAAG